AUGGCUGGAGCCUCCUCUCAGGCGGCUGCUGUCGCCGCUGUCAGUGGCAGUCCUAGCAGCCCAAAGAGCACGAACACGAAAUGGAACGAGGAGGCUCACCGUGCCCUCAUUGGUACCCUCUUAGAUGUGAUGGAUUCCUCUGACAAAAAGUGGCGGGCUCACCUAGAUCUCAUGGUUGAGAAUAUGGAAGGACGGGGCCAGCAGUUCUCUAGGGAGGGCAUCCGUGUCCAUUUCCUUUUCAGCAUCUCGAAGGGAGAAAAGGCUCCUCCGAACGACAAGCAACGGCACGCCCCCACAAGCACAACCAGCCUCAGCCUCCUCAAAAUGCCUACCGCGUGGGAUGCCACCCGUGAGCGAGACCUGCUCGAGGAGAUUUACUUCGUGCUGUCGUCCCGCCAGUCGCUGUCCCAAGAGGACAAGGACGCUGUUGUUGAGGGAAUGCAGCAGAGAGGCUAUGCCAAUCUCAAGUGGAACGCGAUUCGGUAA